AUGAACAGGGCAUUGUUGAGAGCUGCCUGGUCCUCCAGGACAGCACUUCGCGCGCCUCCUUCCGUCUCUCGCGCCGCGUUAUACCGUUCGACCAUUCACCCACCUUCAUCCUCGUCCCCUGCAGUGUCACCGGCAUCUGAGCUGAAAGAAGAACCGACAGCAAACUCCGCGUCGGAGAGCACCCCUCACAUCCCAUGGUAUCUACAGGAAGAAGCACCUGUGCCCGAAUCAAGGCAGACAACUUCGCGAGAUCAGAUUCCCGAAUUGCCAGAGAAUCCUCCAGCUAUCCUCCCUGCACUUCUCGACUAUAUGUUCAAGGAUGUUGGUCUUGAUGAACUGAAGUUGAUUGAUUUGCGCGGAUUGGAAACUCCGCCAGCUCUUGGGGCCAACGUGAUCAUGAUAAUUGGAACUGCUCGCAGUGUCAAGCACUUGAAUGUGUCCGCAGAUCGUCUUUGCCGCUGGUUGAGAAGUACCUACAAGCUGUCUCCCUACGCUGAUGGACUCCUGGGUCGAAAUGAGUUGAAGAUCAAGCUCCGGAGAAAGGCUCGGCGUGCUAGGCUCGCCAGCAGGUCCGGUACUAUGUUUGACGAAAAGGACGAUGGGAUCACGACAGGCUGGAUCUGUGUCAAUGCCGGUGUGGUAGAGGAAACGCCAGUCAAGAAGGAUGAGGAUUAUAGAUUUGAAGGGUUUGGCCACACUGCCACCGGCACUAGGGUUGUUGUGCAGAUGUUCACAGAAGGAAAGAGAGCCGAAGUCGAUCUUGAAAGCCUUUGGCAGAAGGCGCUGGACCGAUCCGAAAGAGAAAAACAAAGGAUUUCCCAGGUUAAUUCAGCCGCACCUUCCGAAGAGGUUCGUGCUUCCAAUUCGAUAAACGUAUCACCAUCUGACCGUGAGUUCGGCCAUGCCUCCAGGUUUCCCACUAGCCCUUUGUUCGGACAGAAGAGGCUGUUUCACACCAACCGUCGUCCCGCAAGCCAACACUUCGACCGUGCAGCAACCCAUACAGAAGAUACGGAGGUAACUCUGGAUUCCCAGCCUUCGUCUUUACUUCGAGACCAUGACCAUAGCGACAAUGGAAAGACAACCCACUCAAUGGAUGCGCUAUUUGACCACCUCUCAAAACUAUCCGACGUUCAGGCCAGGAUCGAACUAGGAGAGGGCCCGGAAGAUAAUGACUCUACGCUAUUCAUGCGCCUAUUCCAUGAUCUGUUAUCAAUCAGCACGGCGGCAGAGAGAGCAAUAGCCCGUCUUCACCCGGGAUAUACAAAGCGGGGUUUAUAUUCAGCGUUCACAGAAUCAUUUUCAGUUGUUUCAGCCUUGUUAUCUCCCCGCCUAGCAGGGACUAGCCCUGAGGACGUUGCAGGGCGAGUUCCGGAAGAAGACCAGGAAUUAGCUCUUCUUGUGCUUGAACAUCUAUCUCUGCGCGGCACCAAUGUUGUCAACAUGAGAGUUUCCCCGUCCACUACUGUACCAGACGGAGCAAAUGAUGCACAGGCUGAAAAUAAAAGCGCUCUUUAUCGGGUGUCUCGUCUAAUCGACACCCUUGACCUACCCUUUGAACCCGAGCAAGCCCGCAGCCUUAUGUUAUCGCUCUUUCAGCACGGCGACUACAAUGGCUUUUGGAAGUUGUGGCGCAAGGGUCCCCUCAAUGGAAGUCUGCGCACCGCUGCUGACUACAAGAUGUUGUUCCGGUUGCAUGCUGAUCUGGGAGAUGAACUCCGUGCCCGGGACUGCGUAUCAACAUGGAUUCCGAUGAUGAGGAGAGAAGAAAAUCCGAUACCCCUCGAGGGAGAGCUCUUGGUAGAUAUCAAGCGCUGCCUUUUGCUUGCCGAUCCAGAUAUUGUGCAAAAGGCCGCGGAAGGAUCGACGAGCAAUCUGGUCCGAUUCUGGAACGCUCCCCCCCAUCCCAACUGCUUCUUCCACCUAGGGGCCAAUGACUGGCGUGCUGUCGCCAACAUGGAAUACCUGCCCAGUCUGCAGCAAGAAUUCGAUGAGCUGAAGCCAUCGCUAUUCGAGCUGCUCGCCGAACAACAGCUCUCCGACCUUCUCCCCCCUUCAAUCCGAUAUAUCCUCGCCGUCGCGACCCAUCGCCAUCCACGAUAUCUCCUCCGAAUUCUCAACUCCUACGACGAGAUCUACGCGCUCCUCUCCCUCGUCGUCGAACGCUACUACCUCCGCACCUUCGGCGGCUCCUUCACAGAGAACUUCUACUCGCUCAAACGCGAACGAGUCCUCCUCACCAAGAAUGGCGAGAUACCUCGCGCCCAACUCGGUGCCCCAGGUCCCGUCCGCGAAGCCCUCAAGCUCCGCACCUCCGACGUCUGGAAGAACCUCCUCGUCCUCGUCGGAAUCCCCUACCUAAAGCGCAAGCUCGACGAAGGCUACGACAUCCACGCCGCACCACAAGCAUCCCUAAUCAUGAGCGGCGGCCCCAGAUACAACCCAGGCGACGACCUCCCUCCAAACCCAACAAUCCGCCAACGUCUCCUCCACUACUACAAGUGGUUCCUCCGCAACAUCUACCCCUCCGUCAACGCCGCUUACUACUUCUCCAUCCUUGCCUUCAACCUCGCCUACCUCUUCGACAACACCAAAUACUCCUCUCCCUUCCUCUGGCUCAUCGGCACCCGAAUCCGCCGUCUCAGCUCCGCAGACCACCGCGCCAUCGCCUCCAUCCUCGACCCCAAGCCCACUCCCGGAUCUGGUCCCGGCGGCGCAGGCGCCCGCACCCGCCCCGGCUCCGGCCUCCUGGGCCUCCUCAGCCCGCAGAACUUCUACCCCCAACUCCUCACCUCCCUCCGCUACUUCCUCCCGGCGUCGAUCUUCGCCCUCAAGUUCCUCGAAUGGUGGCACGCGAGUGACUUCUCGCGCCAACUCGCCCGCAAAGCAACCGAAGUCCUGGACCUCCCUGCCCCCGUCGCAGCAGGAAUGACCCCUCCCUCGGAGAAGCGUAAAGCCGCAGCCGCCGCCGCAGAGAAACAGAAGCAGCAGCAGCAGCAGCAACCAUCAUCCCCAACCCUCAAAUCAGCCAUGAAAUCAACCCCGCCAGCACGCACACGCAUCCAACCCCCCAUCUCAGCAACCUCAUACCUACCCAUCUUCACCGUGCCACUUCCCCCGCCAGACUCGGAUGUGGCGUCCGCGUGCCCGAUCUGUUUGAAUGCGCUUACGAACCCUACGGCGUGUCAGACGGGGUAUGUUUUCUGCUACGUGUGUAUCUUCCAUUGGUUGAAUGGGGAGCAUCAGCGACAGUUGGAUUUCAUGAAUGGGGAGGGUGCGGGCGCGGCGUGGGCGGAUGAUGAUUUGGAGGGGGGUGAGGAAGGGAAGCAGGGUGGUGUGGAUGGUGAUGGUGAUGAAGAGGAGAUGAAGAAGUCGAGGAGUAGACGUGGGAAGUGGGAGAGUGGGAAGGGGAGGUGUCCAGUUACGGGGAGGAGAGUGCUUGGGGGGACGGAGGGGUUGAGGAGGGUGUUGGUGUAG